UGGCCACCGCUACCCAGCAUUUGGAAGCGGCGCAGAACUUGCAGGCGGGUUUUGAUCCCGCUAUGGGCGGGAGUUACGCUACCUUGGCAGAGGCCACCGCCACCCAGGACUUUCAAGCGGCUUUUGAUGCCGCUAUCGAAGGACUAGGGAAUGUGGGUGGUCAAUACAUGAGCCCACAGUAAGCCCGAAAAAGGCUGAUGCAGCACUUGCUGCGUCCCCUCUCGGCAUCAUGGGCGUUCUCAUGUUCUUUUUUUCCACUUUCAGUCAUGUAUCAUCUUCGUUCGGUGGUUGCUGUUGAGGCUCGUUCCACCAGAUUCGUUUUUGAAGGGAGGUUAAGGUUGUAUAAUAGUGCCGGGCCGGCCUCGGAUCCAACAUUCAUCGGCGUCGAAGGCCACGGUUGGUCAGGGUUGGUGAGACGGUGCGUUCGGGUCGGCAGUUUUCCCUGCCGGCCCUUUCAGCAUCCUUCCUCACCUUAUAUGUCUUCGGAACAAGGGAAGGCGGGGCACGACAAAAUGGCGUAUGGUGUGUUUCGGCCUUGUGCUUUUGGGUCGGCUUUGUUUUACGCUGCCUUUUCAAAGGGAUGGAUGACAGGAGGAAACCUGGAAAGGAGCAAGGACGGGCGUUGCGGAGGGAAUUCUUUGAGUGAAGAGGUCGACGGGGAAAUUCUUUGAGUGAGGAGGGUGGUUGAUCAGUAGGUAGUAGCCAUACUAGUACACGGAAAUAAUAGGCUACUGAUCCCCUAUGGAAUUAACCUGCCAUAGCACACCUUCACGAUGCAUGCCAUCUGUGAGCUCUGCAUAAUCCAUCACAAUGUGCUAAUAAGGGUCUUUAAC